UCUCACGAUAGGAGGAAAGUAGGAAGCUGUCAGUUUUACACUGCUCUUUACAUCACCUAUACGGUUCGACGCAACCUUGUACGAGGUGGAACAAGUUUGAAUUGGUGCACACUAAACAGUACAGCAUGUCCUUCUGUCGUUUUUUUGGUGGGGAGACCUACAAAGACCAUUUCAAACCAGGUAUAUACGUGUGCUCAAACUGUAACCAUCCAUUAUUCUCAAGUCGGUCCAAAUUCGCCCACUCAUCUCCAUGGCCCGCAUUCACAGAGACCAUCCGAGAGGACAGUGUGACCAAACUGAUGGAGAGCCUCUCAGCCUUCAAGGUUCUGUGUGGCAAGUGCGGCAACGGACUGGGUCACGAGUUUGUAAACGAUGGACCAGAAGAGGGAGUGUCCCGAUUUUGAAUAUUCAGUCACUCACUCAAGUUUGUCCCAACCAAAGGUUAAGACAAGCAAUAACGAGUGAGUUGCCUGACUACGGUACCUGUCCGGGAUGAGUUUUUGAUGUGGCCAGGAGAAAGUCCUUGAGAAGGGCAUCCUGUCUGCUGAAGUAUUAUCUCAGACCAGCCUGACUCGUGGCAUGGACAGAACACGUGCACAUAUUGAUUUAUGAACCUGUUUUCUACAAUAUCUCAUAUUCAACACGUUGGCUGCCAUUGACAGCAAUAGAUGUCCGAUCCAUUUGAAAUGGGCGAGUUGGCAGUGAGUGAACGAAAGUUCAUUCGCUGUUAGCCUUCCCACUUCAAAAGGAUUGGUCGUUAACUAAUGAAAAAUGAAUUUUAAUUUGCAGCAGAAGUAUAAAAAGAUCCACAUAAUUGAUCAUCUAUCAUUGCUAAUGGCAUUGAAAGAGUUACAUAAGAAUCCCAACUUUUAUGAAGCAUGUUCUAUGCGACUUAAACAUUAAGUGGUGGGGGGACAACAGAAAAAAAUACUCUUUUUAUGUUGCAUAGGACAGAAUGUAUAUUUUUGCUCUUUACAUGGAGCAAUUUGAUCUAUGCACUGUAUUUAGUUGAACUUUGCACGUUUUGUAUCACUUUAAAAAGAAAAAAAUGUAAUUGCAAAUAAUACACUGAGCAAGUUCAUUGAGCAAUCCAAGUGGAAUGUUCCAUUGUAGUGCAUCAAAUCUCUUGAAUAGAUAAUCCCUGGGUUAAGAGUCUACGACGUACCUGAUUUAGUUAUUUCAAACGCCAUUUUGUUUCCAGUUUUUUUUUUUUUUUUUUUUUGUGACCUCGGGGAACAUAUUUUUUGCCGUACUAGAAUAAAAUUACACAUCCAUUGUGCGUAGUAUUUUUGAACCAAACAAGAGCACACAGCAAAGGGCACUGGAGAUAUGAAAUGCUAAGAUGAGGAAAUAUGACUAAGCGUAUGUAGCGUUUGGCUUUUCGCUUUGACUUUUAAUACAGUGGGAGAUGAGAAAAGACCAGUGUGUUUACGUGUGUAAACAUGUUUGCAGCAGACAGCACGAAGCCAAAUCAAUUAAGAUGUCAUUUAAAGCAACCCUUGGUAACUUUUCAGUUUUGGUUGUUUUUAGCGACACCAGUGGACAAAAGCGGUAGUGUUUUGCCUUAAGGAAGACUGCGUUUUCCAUGAAGACCAGCGCACACCCGCACAGUGUAGUAAAAUAAUCAUUCAAAAACCAAUCGCCUGCAGAUGGAGUAAACAUUUGUCUCAAGUGGCUGUGUGAAGGAUUAAUAGUAAUAAUGUAAUGAAUAAACAAUAGCAUUUGAUGGUUAGCAAACAUGUGGCUUAAUUUGGCUUACCUCUCCCCACCACCAUCACCACACCCGUAAGUUUGGUUGGGGGGGGGUGUCUGUCACCCCAGCGAGUGAAAGCCGGGCCAAUGUUUAUUCUGUAUAUCCUGGUAACCUCCAUUUUUUCCUCCUAAGACAAAACUUUUUAUCUUUUUUAUUGCUCUGCCAUCUUUGCAGAAUUCACGUGAAAGCGUUCGCAUCGAAUUCCAUCUCUAUAAUGAAUGAGGAAAGGGGGAAGUUACGUAUUCCAUAAAGCAGUCAGCAUAUUUGUAGUUGUUUUUUUUGUGUAGCAGGGUUCCUGCCACCCUCCUCAAAGUUAAUUAGUGCCGUUGAAACUGAUUAAAGGAAUCUGACCUUUCAGCCAGAUUGCCGGAAUCACGCCAGCCGAACCGCCAGACACUCGCUGGCGCAGCUCCAAUGACCGAACUCACGACAACCCGGCCAAAAGGCCAAACUCCAUGCGUUCACCUUAGUGUUAACCCCUUGUACUGAAUCCAUUUUAAAAUCUGGAAGAAGGCUUCGGAACACAAGUUGACAAUUUAUUCAAGUCGACAGCGAUCAAACAGCAAGGCAAACAGCGACAGACCUAGGCGAGGACUCAGGGUCACCAUAUCACAAGUCAACAAAAGGUUCCCGAGAAAAAAUGACAACAAUUAGUUAAACAUUCAUUCUUUUUGAAGGCUCUCCCAGGGUGGGCCGUGGGCAGGAAGUGGGGUGUGUUUGGGUGUCCUUCUGUUGCAGAUUUGGGCGGUCAAGUUCGUGUGUCACCGUUGCUGGGUCAUGGUUAACGAGGCAACUGAGGUGGGAGGUUGGGCGCGCCUCGCCGUCUGAGGGCAUUGACCUAUCAAAUUUAGAGUUGUUUUUUUAAUCUGGUGUUAUGGUAGUACACGACGUCCCGCCAUUUGAUCUGGACUGUCCUGAAGAACUGAUUGCGGGAUUUGGUGUUGCAGACGUAGGCUUGUAGAUGUCUUGCCUAUCACCUGGUAGUCAGCGUCAAUCAUGCUCAGUCAGCUGCAUGACGCAUGCGUUGGGCCUUCCGUGGUCAGAAGCCGUCCUUAUUGGCACGUUGUCUUGGCGUUGCAAGUUCUAAUCAUUCCAAGUGCAACUGAUCAUAAUAUCAGAUAUAAUCUGCUUGUUUUCCUUAAACUGAUACAAAAGCUGUUUAUUUCAUAUUGCUUACGUUAGAGUAAUACAAAGUCGAACAAUAAAUACGAGAAAAGAUACUAUUCCCUUUACGAUACUGACCCCCUCAAGAUAUAAAAGAGAUGUCAUUCAACUACUUCAGUCACAUAUUAUCACAAGUGUUAUGAAAAUAUUUUGCAAAGGUUGAAAAGGUACCUAAUGGUGCUUUAAAGACAUUAAACCCCAAUCACAUUGAUUAGCUGCUUGAUUUUAUUUUUUCAGCAAAAACGUGCCGAAUAUUGCUAAUAAUCGUCCCGCUUUGUCCGUGUUAUGUUAGUAAAGCAGCGAGCACCGUUAGCAUCAUAUAAAGUGGCAUACCAAGUUCCUCAGUGCAAAAUAACCCCACACCAUAGCAAAGGAGCUGAUACUGUCUCCAGCAAAAAUAAACACUGUCCCUCUGUCCAAUGGCACUGUCGUUUUUGUUCUAUUAAUUUUUGGCAUUUCGGGUCAAAUUGUUUCGGCAUAUUUUACUCAUGAGUUAAUGUGGCUAAUCAAUUUGAAUCUAUUAUUAUUUAUUGGUUUUAUUGAAUUUGACUUUUCAGGAUCAAAUGUUCAAAAAUACAGUGAUCCCUCGCUACUUCGCGCUUCAAACUUUGCACCUUCAGUCCAUCACAGAUUAUUUUUUCAAUUAAAAAAAACAAUUAAAUGCAGCAUCGUAUUUUAUAGAGCAGUCCCGAUCCGAUCACUCUCGCUCCUGCUGCUUUUCAUAGUCAGGCAGUGCACUGGAGUUUCUUAUUAAAUUUAACGAUGAUUGACAGACGGUUAAGGUUUGAUCUUGUCAGAGACGCUUACUUCAAAGCAUGUGUCAAUCAUCGUUUAACUUGUUAAACAGUUGCUGUGGCAACUCAUUGUGUGUAAGUGAGCAGCUUGAGCGGAUUUGAAUGGAUUCACUAAAGGAAGCAUUUAAUAAAGACCAUCAUUUUUCUAUGUUAUUCUUGUUUAAAAAUAAUUUGGUGGGACAGUAACAAGUUUAAAACAUCUGGUCCCCGUUAACUGCGAAAAACGAGGGAUCACUGUAUACCUUGAGGUGUAUUUUUACAGUUUGAAUGUGAUUUUUUUUUUUUUUUAAUUUAGGCAAAUUGAUGCGCAUCGUCUUUUCUGUUGAAAACACAACAAUGUUAACAAAGUUAUACCUUGCUUUUUUCCCUUCAAUAUUGAAAAGCACACAAUGUUAUGCAGAGGUGUACUUAUAAUUUAUAGAGAAAUGACACUAUUUACAGUGGCGGCAGACAAUUGAGGGGGGCGGGAAACAUUUAUGUCUUUACGUUUUUUAAUAAAAACCAAGUAGAAUAUGCAGACCCAGUAAAACCUUAUGUCUGAUGUUUUUUCUUUGCCAUAAUAUAGAAAGCAAUGGCGAGUAUUUAUUACUCUGUGGUUACCAAAGAAACAAUUAUUAUGAAUGCUUAAUUAAUCAGUUAUUAAUUAUAAGUAAUUUGCUAAUUAUUGAUAUUACGAAUUAUCUUUAAUCAAAUUUAUUUUCAUGUUUUUCCUAUUCAUUUGAUUUUGUAACAAAUUGUAGAGCUUUAUGAAUGCAUUGCUACUAAUAAAAAAAGAAAAACUAGUUACAUUAAACCUGUAAUUUCAUUGCAGUUUACAAAUUGUCCUCUAGAUGAUGCUAUUCCUCUAUUAAAUCACAUUCUUUUUAGUAGAACUGUACUAAUAGAACAGCACAAUGUAAAUAGGGGGUGUGAUCCCAAACUGUAUCCUUGUAUGAAACUCACUACUUACUACUUAGACUUCAUCUGUUGUCCAUGUUUGCGUGAUUGAAUGUGAACGUUGGUUGCAUGAGUGGUGCUUCCUGGCUGAGCUGCAGGGCACAUUCCUUGCGGUGGUGGCUUGGCAAUGACACUGAGGUUUUGAGAAGUAGCCGGCCGCCCGGUUAGAGAGUAAAGGCUGUCAUUAUACAGGCAACACCACGCACACUCAUAGAAGAGAAUUUGGCAGACAACACAUGGCUGUAUUCUUGGAUAUGGCGCAUAAAAGCCGCAACUUUGAAGUUUUGUUGACACGUUCUCUGGUGUCACGCGUUCACUUGCAGAAACUGCACUCAAUUUACUCUUGACUGACUUGUUUAAGCUAUUGUCCUUCUUGAAUAGCACAUCUACUCAAACCUGCCGUUGCAUUCGCACAAACAAGAACUUCACUCGGUGUGCUUUCCAGUCAGCGGACUAGAGUGUCAAUGAAUUAUGACCUCCAAGUACCUCAGUGAGUCCCCUGGUGGUUUUCGAUACUUUACAUAUUUGAUUAUAUAUUUUAUCUUUAAAUAGUUCCAGUAUUUACUGUACUCAGUGGGGCAAAUAAGUAUUUAGUCAGCCACUA